AUGCAACGGGAUUUGGAGAAGAAUACCAUGACAGCGCCUGUUGACAACAAACCAACCAUGGCUAUGGAAUUUACUGGGUUAUCUGACGACUCAAUUGUGGUCGUCGAGCCCAUUUCCUUGAGCGUGAAGAGGUUUCUGUCUUCUCAUCAUGCCCAAGAGCAAAACCCUCAAUCUUCAAGGAUCGUUGUUGAUGAUAUUAAAGUUGAAGGAACCGGCACAGGUGCCUUACCUGCCCCUAGUGUUUUAACAGACGCGAAAUCAGGCUUGGGUCUGUUGGAGCCCAUCCUGAAGAAUAUGCAUCGCCCGUCAUCACGGCUUAUCCUGCAUGGAUUUUCUGCAGCCAUCGAGCCUGGCGAGAUGAUUUUAGUCAUUGGCAAGCCCGGUAGUGGCUGCACAACAUUCUUGAAAAUCCUAGCCGGCAUGUGGAGUGAGUAUAAGGGCGUGCAAGGAAACUUGACCUUCGGAGGAGAGCCGAUGAGCUCUAUUAUAGAUAAACAUCCACAAGAUGCUGUAUUUUGCGAAGGCGAGUCUGAUGACCAUUUCCCAACCUUGACUGUUUUUGAAACGCUGCGGUUCGCAGUGAGGGCACGUUCUGGUCCUCAGUUAUCGGCGUCAGAAAUCGACGAGAAGGUUCAAUCUCUCGCACAACUGGUUGGUCUCAGUCAUGUACUGAACACCAAAGUUGGAGACGCUUAUGUCCGAGGAGUGAGUGGGGGUGAGAGACGUCGUGUCUCCUUGGCUGAGGCGCUUGCUACACGUGCAAGGCUGAUUUGUUUGGAUAAUCCGACCAAUGGGCUAGACUCUUCAACAACACUCGAAUUUAUGGAAAUGAUGCGGGAGUGGACUACACAAAGCCAGUGUGUGACUGCCAUGAGUGUUUACCAAGGAAGUGAUGCUGUUGUUCCAUACUUCGACAAGGUCAUUGUCAUUAACGGAGGUCACCAAAUAUUCUAUGGAACGAUCCCGGAAGCCAAGGCAUACUUCUCGAGUCUGGGAUUUGAAUGUUCAUCCGCCACCACAACCACCGACUUUCUGAACUCCAUGUCCGCUGACCCUGGCGUUCGCCGUGUACACGAGUCUUAUAAAAGUCAAGUACCUCGCACACCAAGCGAGUUCCAGAGCAGAUUCCGAAGCAGUCCACAUUUUAAAGCGCUACAAUCAUCUGUACAGAUAUCAAAGUCCCUUCCUGCCGUGAUUCGACCUGGCAAAUCCCACCAGUAUGCUCUACCGCUAUAUCAACAGAUCGCAUACUGUGCAAUGCGCCAAGUCCGCAUCAUUCAGCAUAAUUACAGCGCUAUUCUCGUGGAAGCUAUUUGCAUUGUUGUUCAGAGCCUGAUUCUAGGAACCCUAUUCCGAAAUCAACAGCGAAACACAGGUUCUCUCUUCAUAUUCGCAUCUGCUCUUUUCUACUCAGUUCUUGUUCCUGCUCUCCAGGCAAUGGCGGAGUUUCGUAGCACUUUUGCGCAACGGCAACUAAUCCUUAAGCACAAGAGAUACCGACUUUACCGACCCAUGGCCUAUGGAUUCGGGCUGAUCAUGACGGAUAUUGUGUGGAAAAUAUUUGUUGUAUUCUGGAACAUUCCUCUAUACUUUUUGACUGGGUUCCAGCAAGAUGCCAGCCACUUCUUCACCUGGUUCAUCGUAGUAUAUGUUGAACACUUGGCGUUGUCCAUGUUCUUCCGCUCGGUGGCAGUCUUUUCGUCUAACAUGUACCGUGCUGUUCUUCCCGUCGGAAUUUUCUUCAACAUGUACGUCUUGUACACUGGUCUAUACGUUCCUAUACCUCAGAUGCAGGCGUGGCUAGGCUGGUUGAGAUACUUGAACCCGCUUCAUUACGGAUUUGAAUCUGUUAUGAUCAAUGAGUUUGCCAGUCUAACCUACGAGUGCAGCACAUCCGACUUGGUACCAUCUGGACCUGAUUAUAAUGACAUCGCCAAUCAAGUGUGUGCUGUGGUAGGCUCUGAACCUGGCCAGCGAUUCGUGUCGGGAAUGUCAUAUAUCAGAGCGCAGUAUGGCUUUGAGGAGGGUAAUCUUUGGAGAGAUCUUGGGGUCAAUGUGGCUUUCUUUAUUAUUUUUGGUCUAGCUGCAGCAGCUGGCAUGGAGCGACUAAAACAACCAGCAGGUCGUUUAGCCACUGUAUUUUACCGUGGAAUGAAGUCCACAAAAUCUUCUCCCGGCUCUAAAUCUGGUGACCAAGAGAGCGGACCUGCUGAUUUGGACGUUCCCCCAAUUCAGGACGAGACUACUCCCGAUGCACGUUUCAACGAGAGGAUCAAGAAUAAGUCGAGCAGUUUGACUUGGACAAGGCUUAAUUUUGAUGUGCAAACUAAGGAUGGACAGAAACGACUUUUGUCGGACAUUAAUGGGUUAGUUCACAGUGGCCAUAUGAAAGCGCUAAUGGGCGUGUCUGGAGCCGGUAAAACCACGUUAUUAAAUGCUCUAGCCGGGCGAUCAAAGACUGGAACAUUGUCAGGAACGCUUGCGCUUAAUGGAAAGAUUCUCUCCAGAUCCUUCAAUCGCCAUAUGGGAUAUGUGCAGCAGCAGGACAUCCACUUGCCCACGCAAAGUGUACGCGAGGCAUUGCAGAUGACAGCCCGGCUUCGCCGACCGCAAGAGUUCUCGCUCGAAGAGAAAGAUGCAUAUGUCGAGGAAGUCAUUCGUUCACUGGACAUGGCUUCAAUUGCAAAUGCAUUGAUAGGAACUCCUGGAGCUGGCCUUAACCUGGAACAGCGGAAAAGGGUUAGCAUUGGCGUUGAAAUGGCCGCGAAGCCUGAUAUUCUGUUUUUGGACGAACCUACAUCCGGACUUGAUGGCCAGUCAGCAUAUUCUAUUGUUCGACUUUUGCGAAAGCUGGCAGACUCCGGACAGGCAAUUAUCUGCACCAUUCAUCAGCCUGCUGCAGAAUUGAUCGGGAUCUUUGAUGAGCUCUAUCUGCUUGCUCGUGGUGGAAAGGUGGUAUAUGACGGGCCUCUGGGUAAAGACUGUGAGAAGGCAAUUGCUCAUUUUGCCUUGCAUGCUCGGCCUUGCCGCGAAGGAGAAAAUCCCGCAGAGUACUUUUUGGAAAUCAUUGGCGCUGGCACUCGCAGAGAUGUUCAAACUGAUUGGGCGGAAAUUUGGAAGAAAAGUCAUGAAAAGGGCUUGGAAGGCCACAAUGCAGUGGUGCCCUCUGAGACUAACCACACAAGUGACUUUGGAAACGAUAAUCCGCAGUCGCUAUAUGCCGCUCCAUUCCAUUACCAGCUUUUUGUCAUGGUCAAACGAACUUGGCUCUACUACUGGCGAGAGCCGGAUUAUGUUCGAGCUAAGUUCUGGUUGAAUGCUGGAAAUGCACUGCUUAAUGGAAUGACUUAUCUCAACUCGCCGUCAACACAGCAAGGUGCUUACAACCGCGUGUUCUCAUCAUUCAUGUCCCUGAUUGUAGGCCCGCCUCUUGGGUUGCAAAUUCAACCAAGAUUCGUGACCUUGAGAAACAUUUUUGAGCACCGCGAACGCGAGAGUCUGACCUACCACUGGCUAACUUUCAACCUAUCUGCCAUUAUCGUGGAGCUUCCAUAUGCCUUCUUCACCUCACUUGUGUAUUGGCUUCUAUGGUACUUCCCCACAGGCUACUACCAGGACUCCAACCAUGCCGGAUACAGCUUCUUGAUGUAUCAGCUUUUCUCUGUGUUUGCUACGAGCUUAGCUCAACUAUGCGCCUCAUUGAUGCCCACUGUUGAAGCCGCUCUUUCUUCCAACGGCUUUUUCUUCAUGUUCUGCAAUACUUUUGCCGGUACCUUAUCACCCAAGCCUGUGACACCAUCCGGAUGGAGCUGGUACUACAAGGUCUCCCCCCUAUUCUACUUGAACGAAGGUAUAGUAGUGGACGUGUUGCACAAUCUGCCACUUCAUUGCACAGACUCUGAGGUCUCUAUCUUUCAACCGCUCAACGGUACAACCUGCUACCAAUAUGCCGAAUCUUUUCUCAAAACGGCUACUGGGUUUCUGGUCAAUCCUGACAGUGCUGAAAACUGUCAGUACUGCCCGUACAAGGAUGGUCAGUCAUAUUACACACAAUAUGAUUAUAGCUACAGUCACCGCGCUCGCAAUGUCGGUGUCUUCAUUGGAUUCAUAGCUUUCAACUUCACCAUGGUAUUGGUUAUUACCUAUCUGACACGGGUGCGCGGUCGCCACUAG